UUUUCUCUCUCCUAGGGUUUGAUCAUUCUUUUUUCUUUCAGGCAAAAAUCUCAAACAAUGCCGCCGAGAGUCAAAAACAAAAAUCCAGCACCAAUUCAGAUAACCGCCGCUCAUAUCCUCCGUGAAGCACGAGAACUACAACAAGACUCAGAUUUCCGACCACGACAGAACCACAAAAUCACCGAUUCAACUGAAUUAUCCGAUUAUAAUUUCCACAAAAGAAAACACUACGAAGAUUUGAUUCGUAGCAGUAGGAGAGGGAAGAAUUCAAGUAGUAUUUGGCUACAAUAAGCACAAUGGGAAGAAGAAUCAGCACAGAAAGAUCUUAAACGAGCAAGAUCAAUUUACGAACGAGCUAUAGAAUCUGAUUCUAAGAAUCAAACGAUUUGGCUGAAGUAUGCUGAAUUUGAGAUGCGGAAUAAGUGUAUUAAUCAUGCAAGGAAUGUAUGGGAACGUGCAAUUAGGCUGUUGCCGAUGACCGAUCAGUUGUGGUAUAAGUAUAUACAUUUGGAGGAGAAGCUUGGGAAUGUGGCGGGAGUGAGACAGAUUUUCGAAAGGUGGAUUGAUUGGAUGACGCCUGAUCUAGCUGAGGAGAAACGGUAUUGGCAACGGUACAUUUGCUUUUGGAUUAAUUAUGCUCUGUAUGAAGAGCUUGAUGCUCAAGACAUGGAUCGAACAAGAGAAGUUUACAUGAAGUGUCUUAAGCUGAUACCUCACAAGAGAUUCUCGUUCGCAAAAAUUUGGCUUAUGGCGGCACAAUUUGAGAUACGGCAGAAAAAUCUCACGGCUGCAAGAAAAAUAUUAGGCAAUGCAAUUGGAGUGGCACCUAAAGAUAAGAUAUUUAAGAAAUAUAUUGAGAUUGAGUUCCAACUUGGCAACAUGGAUCGUUGUCGAACCCUGUAUGCGAAGUACUUGGACUGGGCUCCAGAAAACUGUUGUGCUUGGAUCAAAUUCGCUAAAUUCGAUAUGUCUUUGGGUGAGACUGAGCGGACCAGAGCAAUUUUUGAGCUUGCAACAAAACAACUUCACUUGGAUAAGCCAGAAUUGUUGUGGAAGGCAUACAUUGACUUUGAGAUUUCAGAGCGUAAAUUUGCAAAUGCCGGAGCACUAUAUGAGAAGCUGCUAAUUCGCUCGACUCAUUACAAAGUGUGGGAAAGCUAUGCUAACUUUGAAGCAUUCACUCCUAUUGAGAAGGAAGAUGAGAAUCAUGGAGAAGAAGGCAGUGGAAACCUUCUAGAGCAGAAGAAACAACGUCUUGAUAAAGCUAGAGAGAUUUUAGAGAGAGCCCUCAAACACUACAGAGAAAAUGCACCUGAGCUUAAAGAGGAGAGAGCUCUGCUUUUGGAGGAGUGGCUGAGUAUGGAGAGCGAAUUUGGCAGUAUUGGAGAUACAAGUUUAGUGCAGAAAAAGUUGCCGAAGAAGCUCAAGAAGAGGAAGGAGAUUUCUUCAGACGGGGAUCCCACGGCCUAUGAGGAGUAUUACGAGUACACAUUUUCCGAGGAAACUUCGGAGCCGUAUCUUAAGAUAUUGGAAGCUGCACACAAGUGGAAGAGGCAGAAGGCGGAUCCUUCCUGAGCAUAUUCAAUGAAUACAUAAUGGAGCUCUAUCGGGGAAGACAGUCUUACUUGUUCAAGAUGCUGGUUUCUUUUGUAUUUUUAGUUUCAACUGCCUCAAAAUCAACCAACUUAUAUGAGAAGCUGCUUCAAUCAUCUUUGAAGAAAACUUAUAUUUGGACAUGAUAUGCAGCAUUUGGAUAGGAUUUGCUUUUUCUGGGAAAUUGGAUUUUCAACUAGCUUUUGUUAGAGGGCUAUGUUACUAGUGUUACUCACCAAUGUUCACUGAGGUAGUAACUAAAACUGUUAUUAUUUACUAGCAAGUGCACUUGAGUUCUCGAAAGGCCAACUUUUGUUUGGUAAAAGUUUGUUUUUCAUGAACCACUGAGGAAAAUCUGGAUUUCCUCUCAUGCAAAUUGAAGUAUAUGUUACCUGAAAUUGACAAGUAAUACAUCAUCAUUAUGUGUAGGUUGAACAGUUACUAUUUUUCCUACCAGUUGAUGUCAGGUGGGGAAAUCCAACAUGCAGCUUAAUAUAAUAUAUUGUUGUGUUGUCUGCUAUUCGAGCAUUUUGUGACCUUGAUUACAGAGACCGGUACUGAUAAAGGACACAUUAAAGUAAUUUUUCCUGUUAAAUGUAAAACCUCUUCUAGAUUGACUUUGGAAAGUUAUUGCCGAAACCAGUUGAAGCUAAUUGAGUAUAGCAAUUCUAAGCCAACUAUCAAUCUCUAUCGUUUUUUUAAUUUUGUUUUUCAUGGAGGAGCCAGGCAAUUUUUAUGAUCUUUAAGCAUGUGCAGUUUUAACUGAGUGGUGUAAACAGGAGCAUCAGGAAAAUUAUUCUGUCUGGGGCUUGCUCUGUUAAGGAGGAGGCAGGCAUUCUGUGAGCCAUUGUGAUGAUGGCACUGCAUUUCUCGGCAGCAACGGACUCCAUUCUCUAGAAUAUUGUAAGGACUGAAUCUGAGAAAUGGACUGUUAUCACAUUGGCCCACAAUGUACCUACCAUUGUGGACAGUACAACGGUUCUUGCUACAAGGAUGGUUCAUCGUAGCUUUACUACAACCAUUGACAUGACUACCUUCUUUGGCAAAUUUUGUCAAAUCUGCUCAAGUAGGACAUGAGAGAACAGUAUUUAUCGAAUCAUAGUUGUAGCGUGCUUAAAACUGAUCACUCGAACUGUUUUCUUGUAUUAUUCUGCAGGGAAAAUUGUGGAGUACGAUAAAGUUUAUGAAGGCGGAAGGAUCAUUGUUUUGGAAACUUGUGCAGGAAUACUGGUCUUGAAGGUAUCCUGAACAGGACUCAGGGUUGGCAAUAACAAAAACAUCAGGCUUUAGGCGAGGCGAGGCGCCAAGGCUCUGCGUGGAAAGUAGUGUAGAAAGAGUUACUCGGGCGCUAGACCUACGCUUGGUGCGCCUAGGCGCUCCGGGCGCUCGCCUUUUACAACACAGACUACAAAUCCAGGUACCUAGGCAGAAACAACAACAAAAAACGAAAAUUUCCCGGUAUAGGUGCAAGUGAGAUUAGAGUCCCAUCCCUCUUGUUACUGGUUUAUUGCACAACAAUUCACUCUUUAACUUAGAGAUAGAAUCCAGACUGGAUUAUCCAGUUUUAUUAGCAAUGGGGAAGAUGAGAAUCAUGGAGAAGAAGGCAAUGAAAACCUUCUACAGCAGCAGAAGCAGCGUCUUGAUAAAGCUAAAGAGAUUUUCGAGAGAGCCCUCAACUACUACAGAGAAAAUGCAACUGAGCUAAAGGACGAGAGAGCUAUGCUUUUGGAUGAGUGGCUGAAUACUGAGAGUGAGUUUGGCAGUAUCGGAGAUGCAAGUUUAGUGCAGAAAAAGUUGCAGAAGAAGAUCAAGAAGAGGAAGGAUAUUUCUUCAGACGAGGAUCCAAUGGCUUAUCAGGAGUAUUACGAUUACACAUUUCCUGAGAAAAUGGGCGCCGUAUCUUAAGAUAUUGGAAGUUGCGCACAAGUGGAAGAACAAUGAAAUCAUUGUUCUUCUUUUUUCUCCAUCACUAGUUUAGGUUUGCAGUAUACCACUACUUGUUGAGCAUAUUUUUAAAUUAAAUAAUUUAAUAUGAUCCGCAAAUUCUAUUUUA